CGCUUUAGUACAUGCCCUCUGCCCACCCACCUCAUUAAACAGGAAGAUAACCGGACCAAAACCCGUCUUGAUAGCAUGAAAACUGGACGGAUCGUUCUAAAGCUUUCAUAACAAACAGACCUCUCCUCGAGCUACAUCGGCAGGGGGUCAGAAAAGCUCCGGUCGGACAGAACUCUACAGUGUAACGGCAGAGACUGUAGCAGAUUUUAGCUUGCUAAGUUAGCCUGUUUGCUAACUAUCGCUUCGGAUAUAACUAAGCUACAUUUUCCCACGGCUGACAAGGUUUCGCAAGACAGCAAGCUCACUUUAAAACCCCUUAAGCAUUUCACAAUGGGAUCCCGUGCGUCCACGUUACUCCGGGAAGAGGAAAUUGAAGAAAUUAAGAAGGAAACUGGCUUCUCCCACAGUCAGAUUACUCGUCUAUACAGCCGCUUCACCAGCUUGGACAAAGGUGAAAACGGCACCCUCAGUCGAGAAGAUUUCCAGAGGAUCCCCGAGUUAGCCAUUAAUCCUCUGGGAGACAGAAUCAUCAAUGCUUUCUUUCCUGAGGGAGAGGACCAGGUAAACUUCAGAGGAUUCAUGCGAACCUUGGCUCACUUCAGACCAAUUGAAGACAAUGAAAAGAACAAAAACUCCUCUGCCAGCGAGCCACUCAAUAGCAGGACAAACAAGCUGCUCUUUGCUUUUCGUCUGUAUGACCUGGACAGAGAUGACAAAAUCUCCAGGGAUGAGCUGCUACAGGUUUUAAGGAUGAUGGUCGGUGUAAAUAUUUCAGAUGAACAGCUUGGCAGCAUUGCUGACAGGACCAUUCAGGAGGCUGACACAAAUGGAGAUAACUCCAUCUCCUUCAAUGAAUUCAUUAAGGUGUUGGAGAAGGUGGAUGUAGAACAGAAAAUGAGUAUCCGGUUCCUGCACUAAGCUGAGUUUUUAAUUUUGAUUAAAGCUUCCAGACACAACCCCAUCCAGCUUCUUAUCAGGCUGCUGUGGCCCACACAACAGGUUCAGGCUUUGAGACCAAGCAGUAGGUAGAUAAUGUCGUAGACCUGGAGUUUCUGCCGCCGCACUGCUCUGCCAACAAAGGGAAAAAGUUGCGUGCCUUGGGUUGUUUUAUACAAUGCCACUGUAUAUUUCUUUUUUUCCCGUAUCGGAACACUAUUUAUUAGAAAAGUCACAGAUAGUACCUCGACGGUUCACUUUUAAAAUUAAUUUAUACCAUGGUAUGAUGAGCUUUCAGCCAUUACAGCGACCAAGUUAAGUUUACUGAAGCUCUUCCUUGGGCAAUUAGCACAUGUUGCAUCUGUGUAAAAAUAUGCAACAGCUCAAAGUGGCUCUGGUAUCAUGUAAUUCCACCUUAAAUCAGACAGCAUUUAUCCACGAAAGAUCCUACAAUUCCAUUUUUUCUGUUGUGUCAGAGCAAGUCUAACCUGUCGCAAAGCAGGACUGACUUAACAAAUGUGUUUUAUUCACUAAAGUGCCACGAUUUAGGUUUCCCACUAGUUCAAUAGUCACUCGACUGUAAACAGGAACCAGUGGCGAUGUUUGUGUGUUUUAUUUUCAUAUGGAUUCACCAGCUACUGCCAGUAGAUUGUAAUGACCUGUUUCACAUGUUACACUUCAACCAAAGCAUCCAGUAACCACCUGGGACCGACUGGAGACACAAGUAAAAGAGAUUUUGAAAUGCAUUCGAUUUCAAGAACUCUUCUAUCACCCACAACAAGAUCUCUUGUAAUUUUUGACAGAAUUGCUGAAACUGCUGCUGUCUCUCUGGCCGUAUGUGUAUGUCAGUCCUCCCUGUAUAAUCUAUUCUGACAGCUGAUUUCCCUCAGCUUUCGAUGUAAUAGCGCCUGGCUAACAGCAUCAUGUCCUGUGGUGGUAAUUGGGAUAAGUUUGUAAACAUGGAACAGGUUCACAACAGAACUAUGCUUGUCAUUAUGUGAUUAGUGUCAACAUUUUGUCUAGCAGUUUCCCUUCCCACAGGGUUACUUUAACCAAAUAAAUGGGAUUAAAUGCAUUAGUAAUAUAUUUUCUGUACAGGCUAGUGUAUAUGAACUGAAGUGCAGAUGUCUCACCCUUUUAAUCUUAAAUGUAAGUCUGUUUAAUGAUUAUAAGUAAACCCUCCAGCAACUCAGUGCAGGAAAUACAGCACGACCAUGUUAUUAAUCAGUAUGUGAGUAUCAAUCAGAUAUAAUUCAUGUUAUGUCAUGUUGGUCUAGGUAUUAUCAAAGUGAUUCAUGGAUUUGAUUGAAAUAAAAUAAGUGCCAUACAUGCUUUGUAUCAUUUA